AUCAACAAUACGCAAACGCCAACACUCAUACCGUUGGAGAACUCCUUGCGUAGCACACAACCGGCCACCGGCAAGUGUCAACACUGUGAGAGUAUGGUCAAGCAUUUUCUCUACCUUGAAAGCCUCAUACGCAACAACUACAACCCGAAGUCGCAGUGUGGUCUUUGCUAUUCUUCGCUGAAGUACCUGCAGCUUGUAAACAAGAGCAUAAUGCAAAUAUUCGGCAACGUCGAGGAAAUCGUCCACACAGCAAAGACCUUCUCUGCCAAGCAGACGCGCCAAACCUUCGCUGGAUCACGUCCCAUUGCAGCCAAGUCCCCCGCCAAGUCGCCGAUGAAGACUAGUAGCAAGAAAAAUAUUGCAAGGAAGCGAUUGAAAGGUGGCAAGGUAAGAGGGUCGGUGCUGCAAAAGUCUGCAAAGACCGUGAGUAAGGUUCGCUUAGCGGGCGGUGGAAAACUGAUCACACCAGACAAUCGCCACGAAAAGAAUAAAACCAAAUUGAGCAAAGUAAAGACAGCAGCCAGUACGCCAGUACGCCUACAGUCCACGCUCAAGGGCAGGCGAAAGAAAUCGCAGGUCGAUGCAAAGAUAAGUGGCGUCAAACAAACACAUGCGAAAUCAAAACGUAACAGAGUAGGCACAUUGCGUAUUCGUGGUUAA